UCAGUCUGAAAAAAUUACAAUAAAGAAACACAAGUCAAGAUUUAAAUACUUAUUCAUCAAGACAAUCAAUAAUAAUUAAAUUUCUAAAUUGUAAAAAUUAUUAAAUAAUAAUGCAGUUUCCUAUUUUAAUUGUUGGAUUAUUUUUUUUCAUUGGAAGUGGAUAUGGAAAUGAUGAUUUUCAAGAUGAAAAAAUUCAUUUUGAAAAAUCUUUAUACACUGUAAAUGAUUUAUUUGAUACAACAAAUAUAAAUGAUGUAAUUGUCAAAGUGAAAGCAGUAUCAUCAUCAUCACCAGUAACAUAUGAAAUAACAUCUGGUAAUUUAGAAAAUUCAUUUAGAAUAAACAAUGAAACUGGUGAAAUAUUUGUCAAUGAAUUUAUUGAUUAUUCAAAAUUUCAACAAUAUAAUUUAACCGUCACAGCAUAUGAUGAUGCUGAUAGUGACUACACAACUGUACAAAUAUUUUUAAAAGAAUAUUAUCCAUCAUCAGUGACAAUUGAAGCAGGAAAAGAAUACUACGAUUGUCUUGUUCAAUUUCAAACGAGUAAAACUAAAAAUAAAUCUAACGAAACAUUCGAAAUUAUUAAUGAAAUUCAAAAAGCCAUAUUUACAAUUGAUAAUCAUGGUUGUUUAAUAUUGAAAGAACCAAUUUAUCAAGAUCCAGAAAGUGGUAAAUUAUCAUGGAAUUUACGUAUUGUUCAUACUGUUCAUCACAGUGCUGGUAUUUCAACUGAAAUGUCAUUACUCGAAGUCAAUGUAAUUGUACCAAAUGAAAAUGGACCAUUCUUAUCUAAACAAACAAUUUAUUGGGAUGAAAAACAAAAUGCUGGAGUGAUAAUUAAACUCAGUGCAAUUGAUUCACAAAGUCCUGGACCUUUUAACUAUGAAAUUGAUAAUGAUGAAGUUGAUGCAAAAACUAAAGAAAGCUUUGAUAUUGUUGAUUAUGAUGAUCUUUAUGCAACUGUUACAUUUAAUCAUGCUGAACAAUCACAGUAUAAAAUUCCAAUUAUCAUCACAGACAUUGUUGAUCCAAGUAGAAGAGGAAAAUCAUAUUUAUUCGUUGAAAUUAAUCAAGUUGAAGACGACCAAGAUCAUGAUGAUUUUUGGCUAUCAACUGAAUAAUUUUUUUUACUUUUUUAUUUAUUAUUUUUAUUUAUAUCUUGGAUCAUUUGUUCACCUCGUGAUUUUUUUUUUUUAGAUCACUAUAAAUAAAUAAAAUAAAUUUAGAA